CAACUCCUCACACCCUUCGUCGAAGCUAAUUGAACAAAUAGUCAGAACUGAAUUGGAGCGCUAUGCUCACCGUGAUCGUUUCCUGUUUUAGCUCAGGUUGAAUAUUUGUAUUACUUGAAGCGACAGUGCGGAACAUACCUACCUUAACUGCCCAAUCACUGAAGCUACUCUUGCUACACGUCGUGGACCAUCUUAUUUGACACUUCAACGUCUGAAUGAGCACAAGACCAUAGAUGAUCUCAUAUUUGAGACUAGCCUCUACGCAGGAGACGAUUAGUUAGAAUCAAACAUGCGUUCCAGACGGUCAAAGAUGCUUGCUAGGUUAUCAAAGAGGCUAUCCAGUAGGGACUCAAGACAAUCAACAGUGGUUUCUCUAUUGUCCCUUCCAUCCGAACUGCUGAUCAUAGUCGUUGACUGGGCUGGCCUUCUCGAUGAAUCCGUCGACACUCUGUUCGCAACUCGCUUGUCGUGCCGGAGCCUCCGAGAUGCAAGUUGGCCUCUCUUCAUCAAUCGGUACUUCCAAAAAAGAUCCCAUUUCCUAGGCGAGGACAGCUUGCAAUGCCUCGUUGAUAUCUCACAACACCCCAUUCUUGGACCCUGUGUUUCCAGUCUGGAUAUUUCGCUCCGUCGAAUCGCCCUUGACAAGGUGGCCACCCUUCCGCUCAACCCUGGAAUAUGGCCACGUGAACUAAAACCAAAAAUCCCUGACGAUGUCGCUUUGCUGCUGGACAAAGCAAUGCUGAACCUUCGCAAUUGCAGAUCUGUCAGUAUUGUUGGACCAGCCGCAAUGCGAUGGAAGCCAGCUCCAUGGGGAGUGAACCGAUUUACGCAGGCCCUAGAUCGCGAAUAUGGCAAAGGUGGAUGGCGUUACGACCCGUUUAAAAGCCCGUACCUUGACCGAUCUUCGGUGGUCGAUUACACCCUCUAUGUAGUUUUGAGUGCCGUUUCAAAAAGCGCUGUGGAGCUUCAUGCAUUCUCAAUCGAUUUUGAGAGGGGUGAUUAUUACAAUAAUUUCUAUGUCGAUCAUGAUUCGAUCAUUGGUAGCAUCCCCCUCGGCCUAUCGGAACAGUUUCGGAAUCUGCAAAAGCUGUCGCUGGACCUGAAGGCCAUAAUAACGAGCCCGAAGCCCUACCAACCGUCCUCACUGCCUACGCAACUUAUCGAUCUGGCGCCGAAUUUGACGGAAUUAUCGCUUGGCUUUUCCGGAAAGGAGAUCUGCGAUGGCACGCUACUCCGUCUGGCCGAACACAGUUCCGAGCUGCCUCCACUGAAAUCCCUCUGCUUGACAGAGUGUUCAGCCAACCUGGACCCCUUCGUGGCCUUCCUCCGAAGCCAUAAAAAGACUCUUCGGUCGCUCACUCUAAUCUUUUUCCGAAUUCUCUCCACCUACCCCGCUGGAGAUGCUAAGGAUGAAAUCAACCCCUGGGGCGACGUGAUCAAGACCCUACGUGAAUUGGACUUGGAUUAUUUGUCCAUACACAGCUCCCUGCUCGAUACCAAUUGCGUGGAGUUUUUUAACAAAGAAGGCGUGGGCGUGUACAGUGUUCUCGUCUACGCUGCUGGGGUAGAGAAGGUACGGAAAACACUUGGCGAGAUUGCAGGUGUUAGGCGCUUAGGCUCGGUCGACACCAGUAUUCGUCAGGAAUAAUAGCCGCUGGUAUUGCUUAAGAAUUACAAGCUACAUCACCCUGGAUUGCUCGUACGGCCAUUAAUGAUGACAUCUUGUAUGAUGUAAUAAAAUGCAGAGGAGUGAAGCUAUGA